GCACUUUCGCCAGUUUGAGAGCUUGUGCAGCGUUGGUUUGUGACGGCUCGUUCUUCAGCGAGUAGGUCUUGCGUCAGCGAGGCGACGUGACAGUAGUCCGCGUGCAUUUCGCCAGGAACGCAUUUUACACUAUUCAUCGUGCGAUCGUGUCUGUUUGGCAGCUUCGCUGCUUAGCGCCGGCUUUCUUUGUCAGCUUUGUUUGAGCCUACGUGCGUGUGGAGGCUCUCGUCUAACCAUGCCGCAAGACGUCGAAAUGACUGAAAACGACAACGCCGGUCAGGCCGGCGAACCCGGUCAGAAAAGCGCUGUCCAACUCAAGAAGGAGGCCAAGAAAAAAGAGAAGCUGGAAAAAUUCAAGCAGAAGCAGGAGAAGCUGCAAACUGCUCAACCCAAAGCCGACAAAAAGCCCAAGGAGAAAAAGGAAAAAGAAGUUAUCACCUAUGACAAGCCAACUGCACCGGGAGAAAAGAAAGACACAUCAGGUCCAAUGCCAGAUGCAUACAGCCCACGAUAUGUGGAGGCUGCCUGGUAUCCUUGGUGGGAAAAGAGCCAGUUUUUCAAGCCUGAAUAUGGGGGAAGAGACAUCUUGGCUGAGAAUCCAAAAGGGCGCUUUGUGAUGGUGAUCCCGCCUCCCAAUGUCACUGGCACCCUACACCUGGGACAUGCUCUCACCUCGGCCGUUGAAGAUGCCAUAACCCGCUGGAACCGAAUGAAAGGGCGUACCACUCUGUGGAACCCUGGCUGUGACCAUGCGGGCAUUGCCACUCAGGUAGUGGUCGAGAAAAAGCUGUGGCGUGAGGCAGGGAAGACACGCCACGACAUUGGCCGUGAGGCUUUCGUUCGGGAGGUCUGGAAGUGGAAGGAAGAGAAAGGAGACCGCAUCUACGAACAGCUGCGCAUGAUGGGUUGCUCAGUUGACUUUGACCGUGCAACAUUCACCAUGGACCCUAAAAUGUGCAAAGCAGUGACGGAAGCAUUUGUGCGCCUGCAUGACCAAGGGCUCAUCUACCGCUGCUGCCGACUCAUCAACUGGUCUUGUGCACUGCGCUCAGCCAUCUCUGACAUUGAGGUUGAUAAAAAAGAGCUGCCUGGACGCACUCUGCUCCCUGUGCCAGGCUAUAAGGACAAGGUGGAGUUUGGUGUGCUCAUCUCCUUUGCCUACCGUCUGGUGGAUUCGGAAACAGACGAGGAAGUGGUGGUGGCAACAACGCGAAUUGAGACCAUGCUGGGUGACGCCGCCGUGGCUGUACAUCCAAAUGACCCACGGUACUUUGACUUGCAUGGAAGAUAUGUGGUGCACCCUUUCUGUGAUCGGGAGAUCCCCAUUGUCACUGAUGAGUUUGUCGACAUGCAAUUUGGCACAGGCGCAGUGAAGAUCACUCCAGCGCAUGACCACAAUGAUUAUGAUGUUGCCAUGCGCCAUGAGCUUCCUAUCAUCUCAAUGUUUGAAGAUGACGGCACCAUCUCAUCAGGCUGCGGAGAGUUUUCGGGGAUGAAGCGGUUUGAAGCCCGGAAGGCGGUCCUGGAGGCCCUGAAGAAAAAGGGGCUCUACCGAGGCACCAAGGACAACCCCAUGGUUGUGCCCAUUUGCAGCCGGUCCAAGGACAUUGUAGAGUAUCUGCCAAAGGUCCAGUGGUUUGUGAGCCUUUCAAAGAUGGCUGCCGAGGCUGUUAAGGAUGUAAGGGAGGGCAACUUGAAACUGAUCCCUGAGCACCAUAUCAAAAUCUGGAACUACUUUCUCGAGGACGUUCGGGACUGGUGUGUUUCACGGCAGCUGUGGUGGGGACACCGGAUCCCAGCCUACUUUGUCAGCAUUGAAGGGGAGGGCUCGCCGCUUGGAGCUGAAGCUGACAAUGAUCACUGGGUCAGUGGGCGCACUGUAGACGAGGCAGCAGAGAAAGCUGCCAAAAGGUUUCAUGUGCCCAAGAGCAAGAUCAUCCUAAAACAAGAUGAAGAUGUCUUGGAUACAUGGUUCUCUUCUGGCUUGUUCCCCUUCUCCAUCUUUGGGUGGCCAGAUGAGACUGCUGAUUUGAAGGCGUUCUACCCGGGCACACUCCUGGAGACAGGCCAUGACAUUCUGUUCUUCUGGGUGGCGAAGAUGGUCAUGCUGUGCACAAAGCUCAUGGGCAAGCUCCCUUUCACGGAGGUGCUACUCCACUCUAUUGUGCGCGAUGCCCAUGGUCGCAAGAUGAGCAAGUCAUUAGGCAACGUCAUCGACCCCGUCGAUGUCAUCCAGGGCAUCUCUCUGGAGGACCUGAACCAGAAGCUCUACGACUCCAACCUAGACCCAGCUGAGAUCGAGCGUGCCAAGCAAGGCCAGAAGACUGACUACCCACGAGGCAUCCCCGAGUGCGGCACUGAUGCCAUGCGCUUUGCACUCUGUGCCUACAUGUCCCAGGGUCGUGACAUCAACCUGGACAUCAACCGUGUGGAAGGCUACCGGCACUUCUGUAACAAGAUCUGGAAUGCCACACGCUUUGCACUCAUGUCCGUUGGUGAUGUCUUCAGGCCAGAGGCAAUUGCCCCGGCCCCCAAGGAGGAAGCACUUAUGGACAAAUGGAUUCUGUCUCGGCUGUCGGCAGCUACAGAGCUGUGCAACAGAGGAUUUGAAUCAUAUGACUUCCCACAGAUCACCACUGCCAUCUACAACUUCUGGCUUUACGAACUCUGUGAUGUUUACCUGGAAUCUCUGAAACCCGUUUUUCAAGGGAGCGAUGCGGAGGCCAAGCGUCUUUCUUCUGAGGUUUUGGUGACCUGCCUGCAUGCAGGCCUGCGGUUGUUGCACCCAUUUAUGCCUUUCUUGACAGAAGAGCUGUACCAGCGGCUUCCCCGCAGGCCUCGUGCCAACCUUGCACCCAGUAUCUGUGUCGAUGCCUACCCUGAAGUGGACGAGUUCCCGGCAAGAAAUGAGUCCCUAGAAAAGGAGGUGAGCUUCAUGCAGGACCUUGUGCACAAAGUACGGUCUCUACGUGCCGACUACAACCUCACCAAGACUAAGGUCCACUUGUACGUGCAGUGCAGUAGUCCCAGCAACCGGGAGACAGUGCGUUCACUGGCAGUGGUGAUUGCUGCGCUCACCUCAUCAUCGGAAGUGGAGCUCCUCACAGAGGGCGCUACCAUGCCAGUUGGGUGUGCCGUGACCACGAUCUCUGACACCUGUCAGGCGUACCUCGUGCUCAAGGGUGUUGUGGACCCCGCAAAAGAAAUGGAGCGCCUGUUACAAAAGCAGGAGAAGCUUGAGACCCAGCUAUCCAAGUUGAAGACCGCAAUAUCUGCUGCGGAUUACACUACAAAGGUGCCAGCCGAGGUGCAGGCCAUAAACUGUGACAAGGUCCGCCAGACUGAAGGGGAGUUGGCAAGGAUUGCUGAGACAAUGUGUACAUUGAAGCUCAUGGACUAAACAUGCUCAUUAGCAGCUUACUAAGUUAAGAUGGAUGAAUUUUUGAUGAAAGAUGGUUCUGGGUACAUUUUGUAUUUCCACCAACGUGCACUCGCUUUGGCAGUGCUUAUUUAAAUAAAGCUGAAUACUCUUGUUUUGCACGUU